GCGACAUCAUACCGAGGACGUCUGUCCGCAACCAGUCUAUCAUUCUUUCACCACAUAAUUCAUCUGGCAAAAUGGCAUUCUCAGCUUCAAGAACGCGUGUUUUUCAAAGAGUAUUACCUCAAUUGAGGCAGUACAGCUCCUCAUCAACGCCUGUCAAGAGAUUGGGCGUUGUGGGCGCCGGACAGAUGGGCCUCGGAAUAGCUCUGGUCGCCGCACAAAGAGCCCAAGUCCCCGUCACUCUGGUGGAUACCUCUCAAGCAUCUCUCGACAAAGGCCUCAAGUUCGCAGACAAGCUCCUUGCCAAAGAUGUCUCCAAGGAACGCAUCACCCAGGAGCAGGCCGACCUGGCCCGCUCAAACCUGACACCUUCAACGUCCAUGGACCCUUUGUCCGAGGUCGAUUUUGUGAUCGAGGCCGUGCCAGAGAUCCCCAGCCUCAAGUUUGACAUAUUCUCAAAACUGGCCGAGGUGUGCCCACCACACGCCAUCCUGGCCACAAACACAUCAUCCAUCUCCAUCACCCGCAUCGCUGCCGCCACGACCAAGGACCCCAAGGACCUCUCGGCCAGCUCGCGCGUCGUCUCGACACAUUUCAUGAACCCCGUGCCAGUGCAGAAGGGCGUCGAGAUCAUCAGCGGCCUGCAGACCAGCCAGGAGACGGUCGACCGCGCCAUCGCCUUUUGCAAGGCCAUGGGAAAGAUCCCGUCCGUGUCAGCCGACUCGCCCGGCUUCCUGGCAAACCGUAUCCUCAUGCCCUACAUCAACGAGGCUGUCAUUUGCCUAGAGACAGGCGUUGGCGACCGCGACUCGAUAGAUGCCAUCAUGAAGAACGGCACCAACGUGCCAAUGGGCCCGUUGCAGUUGGCUGACUUCAUCGGGUUGGACACAUGUCUGGCCAUCAUGAAGGUUUUGCACGGGGAGACGGGCGACAGCAAGUAUCGACCCAGCGUGCUCUUGGGUAAGAUGGUGGAUGCCGGUUGGCUGGGCAAGAAGAGCGGCAAGGGCUUCUACGACUACUGAGUGGUCAUAGUGAUGCCGUGAUCUAAUUCACGUGUAGUUCUAGACCUCUAAGGUAGCAUUGAAGUUUGAAAUAGGACUUCAAGUGCUCAAUUUUCAUACGUGAGAGCUUCCAUCGCUCUCUCAUUUAUCCAGCGAGAGCCCUUUAAACGCGGAGUCACAACGCAUUGUCUACACACACACACACACACACUGCUAACUGCCGCGGCUCCACGUGGUAUGUCCUUGUUACUUUUCUGCUUAUCUGGGUACUCGCUCACAAGGCACCACUCAGACGGAGCUCAUCAGAGUCCAAAAUCAGGAUGCUCAGGAUAUACUCCACCGCAGGCACAGCGUCUUCCCCAGCUGGAAUAGGCCCGGUACAUUUGAUUGUCAGCCCACCCACAGAUUGACACUGUAAUUUACGAGUCGACAUUAUCCGUCGUUUCCAAUGGGGAAGUCCCCUAUCUACCACCCGAAGACC